UAAGUGUCAAGAGUAUGAGCAUUUAUAUAUCCCAACAAAACUCUUUAUCUAUAAUUUUAACACGAAAUCUUAGUUCACCCCUUCUCUUUCCGUGCCCUCUUCUCUCUGCCAGAUUAUAUAAAUUCAUCUCCAAUGCUCCACAUCUCUUGAAGUAGGUCCUGGAAGUCGAAAACUCAGGCCCUGGAAGAAGGAAAAUAUGGCGAGAAAAGCUGUGUUGUUUCUUUCCAUAGUAAUGGCGUUGGCCUGCUUGAAUAUUAGAGUUCAGGUUUCUGCUGAGGAUACUGAAGCUAUUCCUAUCCACGGCGCCCGGUUUAAUGGAGGAAUGCGCCGAAUGCAGGAGUUUAAAGACUCGCUCAUUCGCCGGGAUUUGGCUUCCGACAUCUCUCCUUCUCCUGCUCCUAGCGUUCCUCCGCCUCAGGGAAAAUCAGGUCCAAAAGUGUAUUAUGUGACAUCAUACGGUGCAGAUCCUUCUGGGAAAUCAGACAGCACGGACGCAAUUCUGAAGGCAAUAUCAGACGCAUACAAUGGGCCCAGACUGGGGAAUUUAAUAGAGGGAAUUACUAAUCUUGGAGGUGCACAGAUUCACCUCGAGGGUGGAAAUUAUUUGAUCAGUAAACCUCUACAGCUACCGGCCGCCGGUGCAGGGAAUCUUAUGAUUCAUGGAGGAACAUUAACAGCCUCAGAUAAUUUUCCAACAGAUGGAUAUCUAAUUGAUUUAUCAGCAGCAACUUCAUCAUCUUCAGCCAAUAAACAAGAAAAAAAUAAAACCUCAAUUAAUAAUUCUCAGCAGCUUGCUUCAGGAUCCUCCUACAAUUAUGAAUACAUAACCCUCAAAGACCUUAUGCUAGAUUCCAACUUCAGGGGUGGAGCCAUUCAAGUCAUAAAUUCUCUCAGGACUAGCAUUGACAAUUGCUACAUUGUCCAUUUCUCCACCAAUGGCAUUCUUGUCCAAAGUGGCCAUGAAACUUACAUCCGAAACUCGUUACUCGGCCAGCACAUCACGGCCGGUGGCGAUCCAGGCGAACGGAACUUCUCAGGCACAGCAAUUAACCUGAUGGGGAACGACAAUGCUGUCACCGAUGUUGUAAUUUUCUCGGCUGCUGUAGGCAUUAUGGUUUCAGGUCCAGCGAAUACAUUUUCCGGGGUACAUUGCUACAAUAAGGCCACAGGUUUUGGUGGCACUGGCAUUUAUUUGAAGCUUCCAGGAUUGACACAGACCAGGAUAGUUAAUUCCUACAUGGAUUACACUAGCAUUGUUGCUGAGGACCCUGUGCAGCUUCAUAUUUCCAGCAGUUUCUUUCUAGGGGAUGCAUUUAUUCUACUAAAAUCAAUCAAUGGCGUUGCUAAUGGGGUCAAUAUUGUCGAUAACAUGUUUUCCGGGAGCGAUAAAGGAGUUGAAAUCGUUCAAUUGGAUGAAUCCAAGGGACCUUUUAAGCAAAUUGAUCAAGUUGUGGUGAAUAGGAACAAUGUCAGGGGGAUGAAUUUGAGAGCAACUGUUGGUAGAGGGUCGAUGCAGAGCAAUGGAAGCUCAUGGACAGUUGAUUUUAGUUCACUUUUAUUAUUUCCUAAUCUUAUCAGUCAUGUUCAAUAUUCUUUAAUCACAAGUGACAGCUCCUUCCCUAACCAUGCUCUCCGGAAUGUGUCUGCAAAUCGUGUUGUGAUCGAGUCUGAUAAGGCGAGUGCUGGCAGCGUUUUCGUUACAGUGAAUCAAGGAGGAACAAAUUGAAGCUUAAUCAGCUCAAUGUUUUGGUCAUGGAGACCUUCCCUGAUAACUGUGAAUAGAGUUCAGUAAUUAUAUACAUCUACUCAUGGAUCAUAUAUGUUCAGGAUAAUAAAAUUCAGCUUUUAUUUUAGUUAAGCUCAGAUUUAGAUUAUUUUGUAAUGUCUGAGAAGUAAAAUAGAUCAAACACAAGAUUAUUUUUGUUACAUUUAGAUUCUAUAGAUGCCA